AUCUUCAUUCCAAAACCGCCCAAGUGCCCAAGUCCUGUCCGCUACUCCGUGUGCUACUUGCCUACUACUUGAACAAACACCAAAUCAAAAUCAAAUUCCAGACAGUGGAGAGGACACAAAAUGGCGACUUCUCUGUCUUCUCUGUGCUUUGCCGUCUCGGUUUCUUCUUCCUCCUCCUCUUCAUCAACAUCUUUGUCCUCCUUCAAUACGAAAAGCUUCAGAAACUUGACCACUUCCAAUUGUAAAUCUACUUCUCUCGGCUAUAAUCCGCUAUCUUCUUUCUCUAAUCGAAGAAAAGUUCUUACAGUUAGAGCAACAGUAUUGCAAGAUGAUGAGGAAAAAGUGAAAGUAGAGGAGUCGUUUCAACCCAAUAGUUUCCCAGGAGAUGACAGAAAAGGAAGCGCAAGUGCAGAGGAAGCUGUGGAAAAUACAUCCUCAUCUGUUUUGGAGAGAUGGGCUAUAAAGGUUGAACAAUCAGUGAAUAUUGCUCUCACGGAUUCAGUUAUAAAGAUACUUGAUGUUUUCUACCGUGACAGAGAUUAUGCAAGGUUCUUUGUACUCGAAACCAUUGCAAGAGUUCCUUAUUUCGCGUUUAUGUCUGUUCUACACCUGUACGAGACUUUUGGUUGGUGGAGAAGAGCGGAUUAUUUGAAAGUGCAUUUUGCCGAAAGCUGGAAUGAGAUGCAUCACCUACUUAUCAUGGAGGAACUUGGGGGAAAUUCCUGGUGGUUUGACCGCUUUCUUGCCCAACACAUUGCAGUAUUCUAUUAUUUCAUGAUAGUGGUGAUGUAUAUGAUAAGCCCAAGAAUGGCUUAUCAUUUUUCUGAAUGUGUGGAGAUGCAUGCUUUUGAAACUUAUGACAAGUUCUUAAAGCUUCAGGGAGAUGAGUUGAAAAAACUGCCGGCCCCUGAGGUUGCUGUCAAAUACUACACAGAAGGUGACUUGUACUUGUUCGAUGAAUUCCAAACUGCCAGGCCUCCCAAUUCUCGAAGGCCCAACAUAGAAAAUUUGUACGAUGUGUUUCUCAAUAUAAGAGACGACGAAGCAGAGCACUGCAAGACGAUGAAAGCAUGUCAGACCCAUGGGAACCUUCGUUCUCCCCACUCAUAUCAGGCUGAUGAUUCCCAUAAUAUCCAGAAUGAUGAUUCAGGUUGUAUUGUGCCUCAAGCAGAUUGUGAAGGCAUUGUUGACUGCCUCAAGAAAUCUGCAACUCCACCCCAAACGACGAUGAAAUGAGAAGAGAGUAGAAAUAGGAUAAAUCAAAGAAUAGCCAAUAUUGUAAGACGUGUAUAAACAGAAUUUUAUUAACUUAGUCCAAUAUAAGUUUCACUUGUUCAUUUGUAUGUUAACAAACUCGAAUUACUCAGGA